AUGACUCGUACAUUCUUUUGCAAAUUACUCACAUGCUUAUACUCUGAAGAUGAGUUGGAUGUUGUUCUUAAUGACGAGGCUGAUGGACAGUCAUCGAGACAUCGUACCAAUCGUCAACGCUGUAAGUUUAUUCGGCGUGAUCAUAUUCAAGGGCACGAGCACCUAUUUCGCGAUUAUUUUACAGAAAAUGCAGUAUAUCCCUCGAAUCUAUUUCGAAGGAGAUUUCGGAUGAGCCGUCCCUUAUUUCUCCGUAUUCUAAAUGAGAAAGAGUCAUACGAGCCGUACUUUGUCCAAAUAAGAGAUAGUGCUGGAAGACUUGGUUUAUCUUCUAUGCAAAAGAUAACCGCAUCACUUAGAAUGCUGGUGUAUGGGGUUACUAGAGAUUUUAUGGAUGAAUACAUAUGUAUUGGUGAAAGCACCGCAAUGGAGAGCCUUAAAAAAUUCUCUGGGACAAUAGUAAGGGUUUUUUCAGAAUCAUACUUGCGGUCACCAAAUGCCAAUGAUAUUGCUCGAUUGCUUGUUGUUGGUGAGCAACAGGGACUCCCUGCCCAAGGGCGUGCUCUUCCAGUCAAUUACACAAUCAAUGGCAACGACUACACUAUGGGGUAUUACUUUGCGGAUGGUAUUUAUCCCAAGUGGCUAACUUUUGUCAAGACGAUUUCAUAACUAUAAGGGAAUAAGAAAAAAAACUUUAUGAAAGCACAAGAAUCCCCAAGAAAAGAUGUCGAGCGUGCAUUCGGGGUACUUCAACAACGAUUUGCAAUCAUUUGUAGACCUUCCCGAAUGUUCAAAGUCAAGGAACUAACAAAUAUAAUGAAAACAUGUGUUAUUUUACAUAAUAUGAUCAUUGAAGACGAGGGUGAUGAUAGUGAGGGUCCGAACAUUGACUAUGAUCAACUUGAUGAUGAGUCCUAG